AUGUCUCCGCUGCACUGCCAUCGCGACGACAAGGCUCUGUCCCCAUCACAUCGCCGCUAUUCUCGCAUGUUUGCAUCGCCGUUAGGCAGACUCUUCUACCAGUCCUUGGCUGCGCUUCAUCCUUCUGCACCUCGUCAAGCCUGUCAGUCCAGCUCGGCUGUCCACGCAGUAGUAGACCAUCUCGCCUUCUCGGCCUCAGCGUCCUCGAAGACCACACAUGACGCCGUCGCCCGCACCUUGACGCCCUUUAGGGCUGGGGGCUCGCCCGGGAACUCGGGGCGUGGCUUGGUCUUUCAGUUUUACAGCGCCCUCAUCGUUCUCUCUCGCGGGCGUUCAUCAGAUGCGCCGUCGCUCUCCACAAGCUUCUACCGCUCAACAGCCAACAAAAGUCCCCCCUCGAAGGUACGCCAUGUCAUCAUCUCCAACGUGUGGGGGAAGAAAGAGCCUUCAAUCAAGGGUGUUGCUGGCCGUCAGCAGACAGCACAUCUACAGCGGUACAACUCAACCGCCGUAACAAAGGAACCUCGCAUUGCACGGCUACCUCUCCGAUUCGGCUCUACCGGUAGAGUUCUAAAAGCACCAAUUCAGUCCAACCACCAACAUGAUUGUAGCUACCAUAGUCGCGUACAUACCUACUACGAGCUGCUGCCCGCCCCUCUGGAACAUCACACCCACGAGUCUGGACGCCACCUCACUCGAGCAAACGUUGACUGUCACCAUUGGUGGCGUUCCACUUGUGGCAAGCCCACGCUGCUCAUCGCUGUUUCAAGUCACUUCGGUGGCCAUCCGUGGCCUUGCACCAACGCCUCCAUGUUGCGGCUGGUUUCCGUGGUGGUCGAACUGCAUCUGACGCCCAGCAGCAUCUCAGGCCGCCGCUUCAAGCUGGACCCCCAGAGCUACAGCUUCGGACGAGAUGGUGCAGCCCCAUUGAGGCCCGGGCUUGUGGACUGCACCAACGCCAGUCGCCCUAAUCACAUCAGUAACGGGCUCAGGCCCAAGCGCCCCAUAAUCCGCCGUCCGUCAUCGACAUUACCGGGAAAACAUUCCGGCACAUAUUACACUUUGCCUAGCGAAAACAUCCGAUGGCCCUGGUCCAUGGCGCGCAUGUACGUUCAAAGCAAUGGACAGCAUUCAAGCCACGAGAUCGAUCCUCAGAAGCUGAGAAAAAAUCGAACCGAGAGAGAAGAGAGAGUGCCUCAGCAUGUUAUCAUCGGCGAUGAGCUGCGAAUUCAUUGGCUUGGGUCCGAUGACAUUCACCCCUUCAAAAUCGAGCCUCUGCCAGAUGCAAACGCAACAAGCACUUUUUUUAAGGAAACGUCUCUUUACUCGUGCGACCCAUUUCUCACCACUUUCACGGUCAUCGCGGAUCGUUGCGCUUUCGUCAAUAGGCUGCGUCCUAAAGCAUCCCUGAUUAUUGUCACGCUUCAAUCCGGCCCCGGAUCCAUUGCAUUUUUGCCCACGCCCUAA